CCGGAGCAGCAGACAUGGAGUGCGAUCUACCGGAAUAUUUCCGCGCGGCUUUCGAGGACAAGCUGCUGGUGCAAAUGCCGGAGCGGGAGGAUGAUUUCCUGACACCAGCUACAAGGCUUCUGGAGAAGAAGCGGGAGAUGAUUGAAGUGGAACAAGCUUUAAACACUCAAAAAGAGGAAUUUCACAUGAAGGCAGAGAGUCUGCAGCAACGACGGGCCGAACUCGAACACAAAGAAGAAAAACUCAAGGAUUCCUUAUUCAAAUUUGAUAAGUUCCUCAAGGAAAACGACUCAAAAAGAAAGCGUGCGCUACGUAAAGCAGGUGAAGAGCGGCAGCUAGCAGCACAGAAGGAACGGGAAGCAAUCCGUUUACAGGCUGAUAACAUACAGCUGCAGACUCGUAAGGAGAAGCUGCUGCACCGCCAGGGGAAAAAUAGCAUAUAUCAACACUACCUGCAGAGGGUGCUAGAGAGGACUGAAGAGUUUCAGGAGGUUCAGGAGAUGAUUGAUCGGUUUAACACCCUAAUGGCCACACAAGAAAAGUUACUAAAGCGGGAGCUGGUGCACCAGGAGACUAUUGAGAAGGAAAGAGCACGACUGCUCCAUUAUCAGGAAGAGACACAUAGCCAGAUCCUAGAGCUCAAUAACCAAAUAGCAGAUCUACAGGGAGCGCUGGAAAGAACAAGAGCGGUGGUGCUUGAAUGGGAGUCAGGUUGGGCCCAAAUCCAGAACACAGCGGCAGAAAACACCCUACGUUUGGGGCGCAUCAGGAUGGCUGCUCUAAAUCUGUUCCAAACAAUCACCAAACAGAUGCAUCUAAAGUCUGACGUAUCUAUAGAGGAUACCGAAUUGCAGCUUGAAAAGAUUAAAAUGUGUUUUCUGGACCUGGAUGCCAUACACAAGGAUCUGAAGAAGAGCGAUCUUACUCCACUGACUACAGCCAUGUCUUCUACUAACUGACCUAAAUGGACGGAGCACACCACAAGGAGAUUGGGACCCUUACCAAAAUACUUUACAGUGGAUACAGCAACGUGAUGUCUACUACAUGUUAUACUUGACAAAUGGAGUAGACUGGAGGCAUGUCCACACGGGACUGAAAUGCUGCAGGUUCGCCACCACGGAUUUGCGUGUGGUAAAUCUGAAUCACAAGCAAUGUGGAUAAUAUUUUAAGAAAUCCCAUCCACGUGCUACAGAAGUAAUCUGCAGCACAAAUUGACCUAUGGUGCGGAUUUUAAACCCACAGCAUGUCAACAUGUGCUGCGUAUUUUCACUACAGAUUUUCAAUGCAUAGGGUGAAAUCCACAGCAAAUCUCCAUGUAAGGCCUUUUGCACACAAACGUA